CCGGUCAGUAUAUAAAGCUGUGCGGUUGUCCUCGGUAUUACUUAUUGAACUAACGUUCGGAAAGAGAGUCAUCAAGUCUGGAUAAAAUGUCAGCCACCAAAGUUCUUUGUGCUUCGUUGGUCUGUUUGGUGCUAUACAUUGGUGCCGUUGAUGCAGGAUGUGGAACUUUCUCGCAGAUCAAGCUCGGGACGUGCGUGGCGACAUUUUCUACCGCCAAUUUACUUAACCUUAGCAAGCGCCAGAAACUUCUCAAUGAUGGCAACAAUAGCUGUCCCACAGACAUUUUCAAGGAUAGCUGCCCAUCCUUCCAUGCCAUGAAGGGGUGUGUCGAACUGGAUGGUUUCCCUUCAGGAUGUGAAGCGGAAUAUGACAAAAAACUCAAGGAACAAAAGAUUGCAUGCACACACACGGAGCUGUUAAACUUGUGUGGAGGUGCGCCUGCAGUGGUGACCAGCUUCACUCUGCUCAUCACAUGUCUCAUCGCCAUCUUCAGCUUGUAACAUCUUGAAGAAAAUCAGAGAGGUACUCACGGGAUGUUCAGAAUCGACGGGAAUAUUGUGAACCCGGCUUACGUGUGCUUCUGAGGACGAGGCCAGCAACAUCGCACUGAGCUGUACAUGUCUCUCCACCAAUCAACGUACUAUGCAGCAGCAUUAUAAUCAUUUUUUAAAGACCACAUGUUCCGUGUUUUGGAAACCAAUUUAUGUAGUUUUUUUAUGGAAAUUAAAUCGAAUUCCGUGGAA